GCGGCCGCUCCGUGCCCGGUGGGCUCCGCUCUCUUCUUCUUCGCCCGUCGCCGCCGCCGCAGCCCCGCGGUAGCGUUCCCCCGUCCCGCCGGGCCAGCGCCGCCGGUCGCCCCUCAGCGCGGGCGGGAGCCCCCCUACGUUUACCCCGAGCCCGGGGCGCGGAGUACCGGCCGGGGCCCGUCCGAUCCGACGUUCGCUCUCUCCCGCCGCCCCCCGCCCGCUCACCAUGGCCCGCGGGAAGGCCAAGGACGGCGACGGCAACUGGAAGAAGUUCAUCUGGAACUCGGAGAAGAAGGAGCUGCUGGGCCGUACCGGGGGCAGCUGGUUUAAGAUCCUCCUCUUCUAUGUCAUCUUCUACGGCUGCCUGGCAGGGAUCUUCAUUGGGACCAUCCAAGUGAUGUUGCUCACCGUCAGUGAAUUUGAACCCAAGUACCAGGAUCGUGUGGCACCCCCAGGACUGACUCAAGUCCCCCAGGUACAAAAGACAGAAAUUUCCUUUACUGUCAACGAUCCCAAAAGCUACGACCCGUAUGUGAAGAAUCUGGAGGGGUUCUUAAACAAGUACAGUGCUGGUGAGCAGACUGACAACAUCGUAUUUCAGGACUGCGGAGACAUACCUACGGAUUACAAAGAGAGAGGACCAUACAAUGAUGCCCAAGGUCAGAAGAAGGUCUGCAAGUUCAAACGUGAGUGGCUGGAGAACUGCUCUGGGCUGCAGGAUAACACCUUUGGGUACAAGGAUGGCAAACCAUGCAUUCUCGUCAAGCUCAACAGAAUUAUUGGCUUCAAACCUAAGGCGCCAGAAAAUGAGAGCCUCCCCUCAGAUCUUGCAGGAAAAUACAACCCCUAUCUCAUCCCUGUCCACUGUGUUGCCAAGAGGGACGAGGACGCAGACAAGAUCGGCAUGGUGGAGUACUACGGGAUGGGCGGUUACCCGGGCUUUGCCCUGCAGUACUACCCAUACUAUGGCAGGCUCCUGCAGCCGCAGUACCUGCAGCCACUGGUGGCAGUGCAGUUCACCAACCUGACCUACGACGUGGAAGUGCGCGUGGAAUGCAAGGCCUAUGGGCAGAACAUCCAGUACAGCGACAAAGACCGCUUCCAGGGACGCUUUGAUAUUAAAUUUGACAUAAAAAGCAGCUGAUUGUAAGCACAACUCUCUCUCUCCCCCUCUUCCUCCUAGCCAUUUAAAAAAGGUUUAAAAAAAAAAAAAAAGAACAAAAAAGAAAACCUACUAGUCUUGAACAAACUGUCAUACGUAUGGGACCUACACGUAAUCUAUAUGCUUUACACUAGCUUUCUGCAUUUACUAGGUUAGAAUGUAAACCAAGUGUAGCAAUAGCGACAAAUAUUUAUUCUACUGUAAAUGACAAAAGAAAACAGAAUUGAGCCUUGGGACAUGCCCAUUUUUACUGUAAAUUAUGAUUCCAUAACUGACUUGUAGUAAGCAGUGUUUCUGGCCCCUAAGUAUUGCUGCCUUGUGUAUUUUAUUUAGUGUACAGUACUAUAGGUGCAUACUCUGGUCAUUUUUCAAGCCAUGUAUCGUAUCUGUUUUCUACUUCUUGUGAGCAAAGACUUCUGCUGUCCAAGGUGUAAAUACUCAAUGGGACUAGAACUGGCAUGAUACUUCUCAUUAUUUUGUUCCUUUGAAAAGAAAGGCCCACCUGUGAGACUCUAUUCAACAGCACUCCAUAAGGCUUCUGACUUUUCUGCGGUGUUGGGAUGUUUUCUUUGGAGGGGUGGCAGGCUAAACUAACUGAAGUCAGGUUAAAGAGAGUAGAUGAUUGUGUACCUACCGUGCUUUGUAGCGAAUGCUGUCUCUCUCCACCUUUUCCCUCAUCCUCCAGCGUGUCUGUGAGAGACCUGGGUCAGGCUAUUGCUGUCCUCAGUGAUAGGCACAACUCUUUGCUUUGUAUAUUUUCUUUUUUUUUUUUCCUUCUGGAGGCAUCGCACACUGUGGUGCUAAAUGUCUUUAUUGAAUGUUUUAACCAUUUUCAUGGUGAAUGAAUUUUAUAUUUAUGCAGUUGUACAAUUUUAUUUUUUUUCUGCAAGGAAGUGUAAUGUAUGAAAUAAACCAAAGUCACAUGUUUGAAAAUAAAUCUUUAUUUUAAACUUUAUAAAAGCAAUGCAGUACCCCAUAGAAUGGUGUUAAAUGUUGUCUAAAGUGCAAAACUCUAUGUUCUAACAUGUAAUACUAGCCAGGAGUACAGUGCUCUUGUUGAUCUUGUAUUUCAGUCAGGUUGACGUAUUGGACAAAUAAAUGAAUGAACACUG